UGCGUAGCCUUUACUUAUGAACGUCUAGACGUCAACAACACGGCCCUUCUCAUCGUGGACCACCAGAUUGGUCUGAUGAACUACGUCCAUGACAUUGAGAAUACGCGUUUCUACAGAAGCGUAAUCGCACAUGCUGCCCUUGCUAAGCUCUUUGACAUCCCUGUUGUUAUGACAACGUCUGGAGAAACGGGGCCUAAUGGUCCUCUUCUGCAGGAAAUCCGCGACAUGUACCCAGAUGCCCCUUUUAUACCACGCAAAGGGGAGAUUGAUGCGUGGGACCAUCCUGACUUUAGAAAAGCGGUUGAGGAGACUCAUCGUAAGCAAAUGAUCAUAGCCGGAAUUGCCACUGACGUCUGUACCGCAUUUCUAGCACUCUCUCUUAGAGCAGAAGGCUAUAGUGUUUGGGCCAACGUUGAAGCGUCUGGUACAAACACUCCUCUGAUUCAGGAAGUCACCAAUGCUCAAAUGCGGGACGCAGGCGUGCAUCUAGUUGGAAUCAACGCGCUUCUGGGUUAUCUAGUCAAGGACUUUAGCAAUCCCGUUCCUGGUGGGGCUCGAAUCUACGACUGA